AUGGUUAGAUGCACCAGCUACAGUGUCCAGAGCCUCUCGCCAGGCUGUGUAUCUCCUGACAAGUCUUGCUCUACGCUGUCUUCACCCGUCUCGCUGCGUCGCUCCUCUUCUCUUGCUCUUUCUUCCCGCGCCCAGUGCAGCUCUCGGCGAGCGAAAUCUGACAGUGCUGUGGGUCGCGACGCCUACGCGGCAGCUCGGUUCCCCCUCGCAGGCCGUCUCCCUGGUUCCUCUUCUCGUAUAUUGUCAACCGGCACGACAGCGCUUGACUGCUCGCGCCCCUGCCUGGAGCCAACUCCGCCUCUUUCUUCCCGGUUUUCUUCGUGCGGAUCUGUGCUCUGUUUUCGUUCUCCACUGCCGGCGGAAGUUGCUCUCGCGCCGGGGUCCUCUUCACACUCUGCGUCUUGUCUCUCCGCGACACCUGCUUCGCUGCCGUCCACUUUUGUUUCUGCGUACUCUACUCUCCACAACGCGGCGUCCCUGAGUGCCUACCUGGUUCGCAAGCGCCUCGAGUACGUGGAGCAUCCAAAUAAGUUUACGCUCAAGUUCUGCCCAAACUGCCCGGACCACAAGCACCGGCGGGACAACCUCUUCAAACUCGAGGUCUUCAAGAACAGCGGGAACUGCUACUGCCACCGGUGCGGCUGGAAGGGUUCGUUUUUCGACCUGAAGACGAAGCUAGGCGACUUGAAUCCGCAGGAUGUCCUCGCGGCACUGCACGCGGCCGGAGACAGUCCCCCCGGGGUCGCGUACGCCCCCGGUCCCUGGGGCGCUCUACCCCUCGACGGGCUCCCCGGCCCCGGGGUACCGACUCAAGCGGGAUCCCCCGGAUUCGCGGGGGGAGUCGCCUUUGCGAGCGGCGGCCGGGCGCCCGGGGGAUUCGCAGGCCCGCUGGGAGGCGGGGGGUCCUUGCAGGGGGCUCUUGCCCCCGCUGCAAGAAAUGCGCAGCCGGACGGAGGCGACCGGUACGUGCCGCGGUUCGAGGCGUUCGCAGAGCAGCUCGCGGAGGCUGCGGAGGCCGCCAGGCGAGAGAACGAAGGCAACUCCAAGUCAGCAAAGGACAAGAAGAAGACGCGGUUGAAAAAGGCGAUUGAUCAGGGGGAAUCUGCGCGGCGGGAGGCAACAGCGACUGCCGACGAGAGAGCAGGCUGCGGCCGGCGCGUCCUCCAGUACCUUACUGAGAAACGAGGCAUCACACUCGAUACGCUGCGCGCGUAUGGAGUGGGUUGUGGGAGUUUUUAUUUUCCUCCGGCUGUCGAUGCUGGCGCAAACGGACCGCUGCCCAAGUGGGAGAGUCAUGACUGCGUGACAUUUCCUUGGCACGCUGCGUCUGACGAUGCCGCGAGCUCUCAGCAGCUCCCAGACGCGGAGGUCGCUGCGGCCUUCGACAGUCAACCGGCGUGUGGAUCUCCAGUCGCAGCGAAGACGCGCUUGCUGCGGGCGCGGCGGGUCGCCUCCGGGGCUUUUGAUGCCGAAGGCAGUGGCGCCUCGGGAGAGUCCGGCGGGUCGGAUGCAGAGAAGACCAAAUGUGCCCCCGCUCCAACGGUACCCGUCGUGCGCGUCAAAGUGCGCAGCAUCACAGAGAAAAGUUGCAUGCGCUUGCUUCCUGCGGGGGGACAGUGGGGCCUCUUUGGCGCGGGCAUUGUGCCGGCGGAGGCCGACACGGUCGUCGUCACGGAGGGCGAAUUCGACGCCAUGAGUGUCUACCAGCAGACUGGGCUGCCGGCUGUCUCCGUGCCCAUGGGUGCCCACUCCUUACCAGUCCAAGUUCUGCCGUUUUUUGAGCGGUUCAAGAAUAUCAUUUUGUGGAUGGAUGAGGAUGCUGCAGGUCGCGAAGGAGCUGAGCUCUUUGCUUCCAAGCUGGGCAUUGGGCGUUGCUACUUGGUGCGCGGCUCGGUCGUCUUCGACUCCCUCGUCCAGGCCGCUGCGUCUGCUUCGGCAGCCGGGCACCUGACGGAGACGCCGAGGGAGAAGAAGAGCGAAAAGAAAAAGAAGAAGGGGGGAGACGAGGUUCAGCACGACGAUGCGGACGGGAGCAAGCGUGUUGGAGAGGCUGAGCAGCCGCGGGUCACAGGCCAAGGCUGCAGCGGCGAGGCGGCGACAGAUCGCCUUCAGCAGCUUGCGGGAGGACCUGACCUACGUGGAGGUGUGCCCAAGGACGCGAACGAGGCGUUGCUCCGCGGCUUCGAUUUGCGACUGUUCAUCGACAGCGCCGCGCCGAUUCCUCACUCGCAGAUCCUUACGUUCCGCGACCUGAGAAAUAGUGUUUUUGACGAGAUCAUGAAUCCAGGGCGUGUCAGAGGCAUCCCGAGCGUCACCCUCCCAGCCUUCACAAGAUUGCUAGGUGGCUUCCGUCGCGGCGAGCUUUCUGUGUGGACCGGCGGGACUGGCAUGGGGAAGACGACGAUUCUCUCGCAGCUGUCGAUCGACUUCUGCUUGCAAGGAGUACCGACUCUCUGGGGAUCCUUUGAGGUCAACAACGUCAGACUGCUGAAGACGAUGCUUCGCCAAUUCAGCGGCGGCGAACUGGAUGGAGACAGAGCCCGAUUCGAUUUCUUUGCGGACAAGUUUGCCGCGCUCCCCCUGUAUUUCCUCAAGUUCCACGGAUCGACCCAUGUAGACGAGGUCAUUGACGCCAUGGACUACGCUUGCUACGUGCUCGAUGUGGGUCACGUCAUCCUGGACAACCUUCAGUUCAUGCUGAGCGGGCAGGGUCGAGGCCACGAAGUUUGGGAUAUGCAGAACUCGGCGAUUGAAAAGUUCCGGCGAUUUGCCACGACGAAGAACGUCCACAUCUCCAUUGUCGUCCAUCCUAGAAAGGAGGAUGACGGCACGCCGCUGGGCAUUUCCAGCGUUUUCGGCUCGGUUAAAUCCACCCAGGAAGCCGACAACGUGGUGAUUCUCCAGCGGCGGCGGCGGAGCGCGAGCGCUCAGGCCGCCUCGGUGUCUUCUCGAACUGGCGCACGCAGAGGGAGCAUGACGCCCGUGGAGGCGUCCGCGGCUCCUCACCCUGGAGAUGCGUCGCAAACCGAGAACUUCUUGGAACUCAGGAAGAACCGAUUUUCCGGCGAACUUGGCAGCGUGCCGUAUGUGUUCAACAAAAACAGUCUCACGAUUAGGGAACUUUCUCCGUCGUUCUUGGCCGCAGAUGAGGAGACGGCGCGCCGCCUUUCUCGUGGCUCUUCUGGAAGCGAAGCUGGGUCGCGGCGAAAGAGAUCAACACCUGAACCCGUCCCGCCAUACCAGUAUGCAUCUGGAGAGCCCAGCCCUGGACCCACUGAAGACGCCUCAUUGAGGCAGCUCCGGCACGACAGCCAGCAGCCGAUUAUGGCGCACGCCUUUGAUCGGCUGCAGAGGCGGCGAGACUCCGAACUGGAGCAAGAGACGGGUCCUGACUUGGGCGGCGCUCUUUCUCCGUCAGGCCUUCGGAACGGCGGCUUUUCAGGAGGAUCUUCGUUCGCCCAGAGGGCAGGUGUGCGUGCGGCGUUCCAGGCCGCGCCUCCAGCGCAUGCGCCUGGGGCAGCCAAGCCGAGCUCGGGCUUGUUGCAGAAUUCUCCAUCGACCACCGGCGGCAUUGUGCCUUCGUCGUCUUCGAUUGCAGGAUCGCCGCCUGCACACGUGCUACACGCCGCGCCGGCGUCGGCUCCGUCUCCGCAGCCUCCCGCGCCGCGCCGCCCGCCGAGGAAGGCGAGAGCCUCUUCGCUGUCCGCGGGCGGAGUGGAAGCUGAGCUGCCCCCCUCUACUGCCGCGCUCGACGCUGGUGCCGCGAUGCAAGGCGAUUCUGCGUCGCCUCGAGCAUUAGCCGCUUCUGGUGACGACGCGGGACAGUCGAGGCACGACGCCUCUUCCGCCUCGCGCGCCGAGGCGACGACUGCGCCGGCCGUGGCGGCUGGCGCCGGGCGUUCCCAGCCAGUCUCUGUCUCGUUUUCCUCGGAUUCCCCUAUGCCCCUGCUGCGCGAGCUCGCCCAUGCCUUGCCGCUAACAGAGCCGAUCAAGAUGAGCGGCCCCAAUAGGACAAAGACCGCCGUGUACGAAGACCUUCGUCGCGUCGUCGAGCGGCACCCCGCAAUGAAGCGCAUCGCCGCAGCGAUCGUGGCGGACUUUGAGAAGAAGCAGAAGAAAAGGGACCAGGAGAGAAACUCGCAGCGUGGAAAGGCCAAAGGCACAGGCAAGGCUGCAGAUCGGGAGGCUGGGAAAGAGGGCGACGGGGACACCAGUGGACAGGACGCGGUGAGCGGCAGGCCCGGCGCGGAGCAGAAGAGAGACUCGACGGAAGGAGCGGUGACGCCCUCUGCUGGGCAGGGCGUGGGAGUCCCGUAUCAUGAGUACUCCGAUGCCACGAGCGUCCUCCUGGGGCAAGUUCGAGAGGCAGAUGAAGAGGACGUGGAGCCUCCAGUGGUCAAGCUCGUUCCAUUGCAAGAUGUGCUAGGCCCUGUUCCGUACUGCGAAGACCAGGGAGAAACUGAGGAAGGGGGCAAAGAAGCGGACUCUGACGCCCGUGCCGAAGGCGACGCCGCCGAAAGGCAUGAGCACGACGCCACCUGCCAGCUCCAGGUCGCGCAGCCUAUCGAGCCCCCGACGGAUUAUAUUCGGUCAGAUUUUAUUUUGGUGGACUCAGAGUGCAAAAUGCGCCAGCUCGCGCCUUACCUCUACCGAAUUCUGGAGAAACUUCAUCCGGACGACGCGAUGUAUGCCAGGAAGCGCGCCGCAGUCCAGCCUCGCUCCUCGACCCAAAACGCGACGCCGGAGACGCAAGCAAAAGGAAGAGAUGGAGGCGCUGGAAAGGUGGGAAGGAACGCGCCAGCCACGGCGACCAGUUCGGGACCAGGGUGCGGUGUCGCAGCAGGAGAGAAGACUGAAACAAACUCUGUGUGUUUCUCCAUGGGCGUAGACGUCGAGACCACAGGGCUUGACCCUUACAGCGCCCGCCUGAGGCUUCUGCAGCUCGCUAUGCCAGAUUUCCCGACCUUGCUCUUCGAUCUCUUUUCGCUGCCGAUCGACUCGCCUUCGCUUCGUGCGGUGCGCCUGCUGCUGGCCUCUCCACGCAUUCGGAAGGUUUUCCACAACGGCAAAUUCGACCUGGGCUUCCUCGCCGCCACAGGUCUCGCGCAGUCUCAGGACCGCCGCGAGCCGACUGCGCCGGCUCGGACCCAAGAGCGAGGCUCGCUCGAGAAAGCCAGCAGCAGGUCUCCCGCGGCGGGAGACGUGGGUCCAGGGCGGAGCGCGGGCGCCGAGAUCAGCGAGGCAGGCGCAGUCGGCAACAUGCAGAGUUCGUCAAAAACGGGCGCACAAGAGAGGAGAGACUCCUCGAUGCGUCUGAUAGACGCAGCGGUCUUGGGCGAUCGGCCGCCGGAGAUAGGCGAGCUGCAGAGAGACGGCGGCGUCUUCGUCGAAGGGCCUCUCUUCGACACUUUGAUCGCCGCCAAGGUCGUGGAGGCGGGCGUUUUUGGAACUGGCUACAAGCUCCUGCAAGUCGUGGAGCGCUUCCUCGGAGUUCUCAUGGACAAGCGCAUGCAGGCGAGCGACUGGAGCUCAAAGCGUCUCUCUCAGGAGCAGCUUCUGUACGCUGCCAGGGACGCGGCUGUCAUGUUGCCGCUCCAGCAGCGUCUGCAACAAAAGCUCGAAGCCCACGGCCUGCAAGAAGUCAUGGACGUCGAGAUGCGUUGCCUGCGACCAGUCGUGGCGAUGGAGCUGAACGGCAUGCAAAUCGACCACGCGCAGUGGAAGGACCUCGAGGCGCAUCUGCGUGAAGAAGAAGUGAAGGCGAAGAAGCGUCUUGCUGCGGAGCUCCACGUGGAUGAGAACACUGUGAAGUUCAACUCGCAGAAACAAAUGCUUGACGCGCUGCGUGCCUUGGGCAUCCCGGCGCCGCCGCCUGACAGUCCCUCGUCGCCUCGCGGGCGAGGCCCUCGGCGUCCGGGGUACCCCGGGCAGGGGGUCGUAGGCCCCGAGGGAGGAGGAGGCUUCGAGGACGACGGCCUUUUGAAAGACACAAGCGACGGCACGCUGGCGCGCCUGACGCACUACCCUGCAGUCCAGGCAUUGCGUGACUACCGAAAAGCAGCCAAAGCCAUCACGACCUUCGUUGACAAGUUGCCGCAGCACAUCAACCCUGUCACAGGGAAGAUCCACUGCAGCCUUCACCAAUGCGGCGCUGGCAGCGGCCGUUUUAGUUGCGAUUCACCGAAUCUGCAGCAGAUUCCUCGAGAGCGGCGGUUUCGCGCGUGCUUCGUGCCUUCAAAAACGGUCGCCGGGCGCCCAGGGAAGUUCAUCAUCGCCGACUUCUCUCAGAUCGAGCUUCGAAUCGCCGCAGACCUUGCGUGCGACGAGCGAAUGAUUGAGGCCUAUAGAAAGGGCGAGGAUCUGCACAAGUUGACCGCGUCUUUGAUUUUGAAUAAACCUCCUUCGGCGUUGUCAAAGGCCGACAGACAACUGGCCAAGGCGGUUAACUUCGGUCUCAUCUACGGGAUGAGCGCCGAUAGAUUCAAAGGCUACGCGCACACUGCGUACGGCGUGCAGAUGACAACGCAGCAGGCCCGCGAUUUCCACGCCAAGUACUUCAGCAGCUACCCCGGGAUCACACGGUGGCAUCAGCGACAAAAGGCCGAGCAACCGCGCGAGACACGGACGCGAGCAGGCCGAAGAGCUCUGUUCGACUACUUCGCCUUUACAAAGUCCCUGAACUACCCAGUUCAAGGCACCUCGGCGGAUAUCACCAAAGAAAGUCUCGUGCGCCUUCAAAGCAAGCUAGCCCCCCUCGGGGGCCGGCUGGUCAUGUGCGUCCACGACGAGAUUAUCGCCGAAGUCCCGGAGGACAAAGCGGAAGAGGGACUGCGAAUUCUGAUUGCAACUAUGGAAGCGGCCGGCAACAAGUAUCUCCGGUUCGUCCCCUGCGUUGCCGAGGGCGCCGUCGCGGACAGUUGGGCGGAUAAGCCCUAG